AUGGAGGCAAGAACUUGGAAAUCCAUUUCCAAUUUACAUGGUUGGAAAGUGAAAACUCAUGGAUUUGUUAUUCGAGGAAUGACAGCUGAAGUAGCUAUUUCCCUUCGAGCCUCUUCUGGUACUUCACUCUCUUUGGAGAGAACUCAAGCUACGCUAUCAAAGAGGAAAGAUGAAUCUGAAGUUACCCCUCUCCGUGCCUCUCUUACCGAACCUGUUCGCAUUCCUUAUGAUGAUGAAACCACUCCGAGAGACACCAAUGAGUCUAUUCAACUCCUCUUUGUUGGUGGUUUUGAAAGUGGAGAACUAGGUCCAGUUUUAGAUGAAGUUCCUUUUUCUUCCUCUGUUCCCAUUCCUUCUAUUCCUCUGUUGGUUUCAAGUGCUUCCUUGCCCAUUCUAUCUGUUCCUGCUCCCUUAUCUAUUUCCGCUCCCUUGCCUGUCUCUGCUUCCUUACCUGCUUCGAGUCCUUUGACUCUUGUUAUUUUCACUUCUUCUACCGUUCCUCCUUCUAUAGCUCCCCCUCCCUCUGUUCAACAUGCAGAGGAGGGUUUCAGUAGCAGAAGCUUGGCUAUGAUGAGCAUUACACUUGAAGUUCCUGCUAAUAACAGUCUUUUAAAGAAGUCUGGUGGAGCAGAUGCCUGGCUUAGGCCUUUGAUUGGAGAUAUUGAGAAGAACAAGAUGAGAAGUCACAGUUGCUUAACUCUGAUGAAUGACAUAAAAACUCGUGAGUUUGAAAAGUCUAUCCACGAGGCUGAGGAAAUAGCCAAGAGAGCCCAGCUAGAAGCAGAUAAUUGGAAAGAGCAUUUUGAGAAUGCUCAGGGAACCAUAGAAGAAUUGCAAGAGAGUAGAAAUCACUUGGAGCAACAAAAGCGAAGUUUGACUUCUGAGCUAGCAGUUGCCAAAGCUUCUUCAAGUCAAUUUGAAAAAGACAAGGAGCGCCUUGAAUGUUGCUUUUCAGAACAAUUAUCAAAGUCAAGUGAAGAAAUCAGAGAACUUAAGGCACUCUUGGACAAGAAAGAAGAAUAUGCAGGAGAAUUAGUGCAGAACUUGACUCAAGUUCAAGCUGAUUUAAAGAUCUCCUAUGACAAAUUACAUGCCUUAGAAAGUUCCCAUGCCUCCCUUGAAGCUUCCCUUGAUUCUCAUUUAGCUGAACAUCAAGUGUUAAAGAAUGAUCUUGCUAUGUGGGAAAGGGAGUACGGACUUCUUGAGGAGAAGUUUGAUUUAGAGGUGAGUUGGGCUUUCUUAAACUCUCGUCAUGAUGCUUUAAUGGAGGCCAGUCAAGAAAACUUUGACUUAGACACAGAGUUGGCCAAAGUUUUAGAAACCAUUGAAAGAACCCAACAAUCAUUUGACUUUACUUCUCCGACAAUUGAAGCUCCUGUGGCUAAGGAACCUGUAAAUGACGAAGUCGUUGUUGUGGCAGUUGAAGUUGAAGAUGUUACAAUUCCAGCUUCCGAGGGUGAAAUUUCUACGACUCAGUCUAUGGAAGCUGAAACUUCCGUGACUCUUGCUCCCCUCGUUGAACCUAACACUUCAAGCCCAGCUAAAACCGCUCCUAUUGCUUCUUCUUCAGAAGUUGUCACCGUGCCUGUGGCUAUUUCUGAAAGUGAAAUUAAUAUUGCAACUUCUGAUGUGCCAACCCCUUCAGUGACUAGUUAA